AUGUCGGAGUCCAGUCCACCACCAGAAUAUCAAGAGAAGGCCCCGGAACAGCCCGUGACCGUUCAGCCAGUUGAAGCUGUAAGAUUUCUGUUUUCAUUAGUUUAUUUUACCUUGAAUAUUUAACUUCCAGCCAACCGCAAAUGGAAACGAUCAUCCUCGUCAUUUCGUUUCUGCGAGAACGAGCGCUUACGGCUCAGUUCCCAUCGAAAUGGAUUGUCCGCAUUGUCAGGUAAGAAAUUCGUUUUGGGGGUAUUUCUUGUACGAAUUAGCUCAUUUUUAGAUCCAAAUACGAUCUGGUUUUUGUAAAAAAGUUUUUGAAGAGGUUAUAAAUUAACUUUGAAUUAAUUCUCUUAACUCGAUGGCACCUUAAAAAGCGGCUUAUUUUAACUUAUUGUUGCGCGACACAUUGAAAAAAACAUUAAAAAAAUAUUUCGUACGGAGAUUAAAAAUUAUUUUAUCUUUUUUUCCUAAACGUAAAUUGAUUUUUUUCAUUGAACUGUUGCGUGUGGAUUGCGUUCAAAAACAGCGUCAGGCGUCAAAAAUCGCUCAUUGGAAGUUUUUUUAGUUCUAUUAAAAAUAAAUUCUCCAAUUUUUCUAGGGUUGUUUUUCUGUCAAAUUGGCAUGCGAUUUGAAGCAGUCAUCUUGACCCAUAAAGAUAAAAAUGAGUGAAAAUGCCCGCGCCAGGGGACCCGUCUUAUCAGCAGCUUUGCUUCUGGGAAUAUUUGAAUGUUUCAGAACCAUAUUGUGAGCCACAUCGACAAGGUUGCCGGAGUUUUGCCCUGGGUGAUGGCUCUGGCGUUGGCCGUUGCGGGCAUCUUCCUUUUCUUGAUCCCGUGGCUGUUCUGCUGCGUCCCGUUCUGCACGGACCGUUGUCUGGACGUCAUCCACACGUGUCCGGCUUGCAAACGCAGUCUCGGAAGGCUCAAUCGCAUGUAA